AUGCACUCCGACGCGAUCUCCCGCGGGGCCCGGGACGACCGCGGCCGCGGCGGCGAGCGGCCGUCCACGAGCGCGCCGCGGGGCGCGUGGCCGCGCCCGCCGUCGUCGACGCAUCAUCUUCACCAUCACCAUCGCCCGAUCACCGCGACGGGCGCGACGAACCCGUCGCUCUCGCUCGCGGCGACGACGACGCACUCCCCGUCCGCGCUUCGCGGCAUCGCGUCCUCCGCGGAGAUCGAGCACCGCGCGAAGGCGUCGUCGCUGCUUCGGACGACGACGACCGCGCUGCAGAUGCCGACGCCGUGCGCGAUCGCGGCGUGGACCAUGGCGCUUCGGUUCUACGCGAAGCACCCCGUGGACGCGCACGACGUCCUGGACGUCGUCUCCACGUGCGUGUACAUCGCGUCGAAGCUGGAGGAGUGUCCGAGGCGGAUCAGCGACAUCGUGAACGUGGCGUGGAGGGUGUUGAGGCCGAAGCCAGGGGACCCGGAGUCGAUAGCGAAAAAGUUUGGCAUCGUCGGCGCGACCUCGGCGGCGGCGGCGGCGGCGGCGGAGGGGGAGAUGCGAGGCGGCGGCGGCCACGGCGAGGCCGCGGCGAACGACGCGCUUGAGUUCAUGAAGAACGCGACGGACGAGGAGAAGGUCGCGGUGAAGAACGGCGCCGCGGCGGCGGCGCAGGCGAAGGCGGCGGCGGCGUUCGCCGCGGCGAUGCGGAAAGAAGAGACGGGGGAGACGACGGGGGGGAAACCGGUCGUCGCCCAAAACGCCGCGUCCGCGAGCGUUACAGACGCGACAGAACCAAGCGUGUACGUCGGCGAAGCGUACUACCAAGCCAAAGAUCGCGUGCUGGAGCUCGAGCAGGAGGUGCUCCGUUGCAUCGACUACGCGUUGAACGUCCCUCAGCCGCACAAGUACCUCCUCAACAUGUGCGCCGCGGUUCGCGCGCCUCCGCGGGCGGCGCAGUUCGCGUCGGUAACGCUCACGGACGCGGCGUUUCACACGACGUUAUUGCUGCGAUACAGAGCCGGGGAGAUCGCGGCCGCGGCGUUGCGACUCUCGGGGAUGAUGCACGGGUUAGAGAGUAGGUGGGAGGCGGAAUACGCGGACGCGCGGCGGCGCGGCGGCGACACCGGCGGCGGCGGCGGCGCGGGAGGCGGGUGGUGGACCGCGUUCGGGUACGACGCGCGCGUCCUCGACGACAUAGGGUGGGAGAUGAUGGACGUCCUGGAGCGGACGCCUGAGUCCGAGGCGGCGGCGGCGGCGGCGGUGAAGGCAGAGUAG